AUGUCGGGCCGCGUAGAGAAACGCUACCGCGAUACUGCCCACGAACGAACAGUCCUUUCCGCCUCGGUCGAUCAGGACGGCGUCGAAAUUAUGCCUUGCUCUCGUUGUUGGCGCGCGAAACCUCAAGGGCGCUGUGUCAUAAAGGAAGGGUCGAACUGUUGUUCAAACUGCGUUCGAUUGGGCAAGUCGUGUGAUGGGCCGAACGUGGCUGAUUCUUGUGGGUGCCUGGAUUCUGGGCGAUGGUUCUUUUCUUACUAA